AUGCAGGAGACGACAUAUGCGUUUCGUGGAAUCAUGACGGAUUUUCACCGGGAGCUGCGUGACAUGCUUCGUGAAACCGUGGAGACAACAGUUCGUGUGGUGCUUCAAGAGCAACAACGACUGCCACAAAACCCUCGCCGUCAAGAGCAUAUUUUCGACAAUGAUGGUGAUGAUGAUGAUGAUGAGGAUUUGGAUGAUAACAACCCGUUUGGAGAACUUGGAGAGCAACCGUUACGACAACCAGCCGAGUUACAAGUUCAACGAGUGGAGAAUAAUCGAUGGGAAUCUGGUUUCAAACUAGAUUUACCGGAUUUUCACGGGUCUCAAAAACCCGAGGAGGUGCUUGAUUGGAUAAGUUCAAUCGAGAAGCUGCUGGAGUUCAAGCAAGUACCAGAAAACAUGUGCGUAGCUUUAGUCGCUACACGUUUCAAAGGAAGAUUGUCUUCAUGGUGGCAACAACUGAAGGAACAGAGAGCUCGCUCUGAAUUUACGCAGGGCAAUCGAUCAGUGGAUGACUACUGGUCUGAUUUUUACUCCAUGAUGGUCCGUAAUUUUUCCGUGGAAACAGAGGAACAAUUGGUUUCUCGCUUUAUUGGUGGGUUGCGGUUACAAAUUCAGAAUCAACUCUUGCUGUUUAAUCCACAUUCGAUUUGUGAAGCCAAUCAACGCGCCAUACUCAUUGAGCAGAAUUUGAAGGGUUCUUCUUCUUGGUCAAGCUCAAACCCACGAGCUUGCUCAUCGUUCCCUGCCGAUAUCACUACCGGUGUUGGAGUAGACACGAAUUUGGGACAUACUUCUACGUCACGUAUCACCGAUCCGUCUAGUGCUACCGUGCCUCUGAAGACUCUUCGACCAGUCACGUUUAAGUGCUUCAAUUGUGGUGAUUCUGGCCAUCGUCAAUCUACAUGUCAUAAAUGUGUUCUUUUAGGCGAGGAAGCACCAGAUUAUGAUGAGUACGAUGAGGAGGUUACGUCCGAUGCUAUAGAGGAGCAAGUUGCUGGUGAUGUUUGUCGCCUUUUUGUGGAUUCAAGGAGUUGCACGAACGUUAUCUCCGAAGAAGUGGUUUCCAAGCUGUAUUUGUUCACGGAAUCACAUCCACGCCCUUAUAAGCUCGUCUGGCUCAAUUCCAAAACGGACAUACGAAUCUCUAGGUGUUGUCGUGUUCCGUUCUCCAUUAGUGCAAGUUAUCGAGAUUUGAUUUGCUGUGAUGUCAUUCCAAUGGACAUUUGUCAUAUGCUUUUGGGACGCCCUUGGCAAUAUGAUCGUCGCACAAUGCAUGAUGGGUUCACCAAUACAUACACUUUGUCUUAUGAAGGGAAACACAUCACUCUGCUACCUACUAAAGAUCCAUCUGAUCCGGUCUCUUCCAGUGACGACGUUGUGACUACUACUCCGCCGCCACUGCCACCGCUUUCAGCUAAGCCGUUUGCUGAUGUGUUUUCAGAAGAUUUACCAGCUGGUCUCCCUCCUCUCCGUGAUUUGCAGCAUUGUAUCGACCUAGUGCCCAAUCCCGCCCUCCCUAAUCGACCACAUUACCGUAUAAGUCCUUCCGAGCAUGAUGAGUUGCGACGCCAAGUAGAAGAGUUACUUGCAAAAGGUUAUUUGCGAGAAAGUAUGAGUCGUCUGCGGUACUGGCACUACUCAUUCUCAAGAAAGAUGAAACAUGGCGUAUGUGCGUUGAUAGUCGAGCUAUCAACAAAGUUACCAUUCGUUAUCGCUUCCCCAUUCCCCGCCUUGAUGAUCUCCUUGAUCAAAUUGGUCGUGCUUCGAUUUUCACUAAACUCGAUCUUAAGAGUGGUUAUCAUUAAAUCCGUCGCCAAGGUCAAGGAGCAUGGACUUAAGCUUGAACCUGAUGGAGUUAAGGACUUAAUUCUUGAACCGGUGGAGCAGCUUGAACGUGAGGAAAGUAAGCUUGUAGCUGAGGAUGAGCUUGAACCGGAGCUUGUAGCGGAGGAAGCUUUAGCGGCACCAAUGGAAUUGGUUACUCAUUCCAGAGUUAAUUUUGAGCCAAAAUGGAGACAACAUGAUCCUAAACCUCCCUGUUCCUCUUUAGUUGAUCAUCUUGGCCAUAUUCGUGAUGUUUUGAGUGUUCUUCGCCGUGAGAAGUUGUUUGCUGCGACUAAGAAGUGUGUUUUUGGUACUCCUCAACUGUUGUUUCUCGGCUACAUAGUCUCGUCGCAUGGGUUGGAGGUGGAUCCUGCCAAGGUCUCUGCAAUACAAUCUUGGCCAUCACCACGUUCUGUUACCAAGGUGCGUAGUUUUCAUGGCUUGGCAACAUUUUAUAGGCGUUUUGUUCAUCACUUCAGCAGCAUUGUUUCACCAAUCACGGAUUGCAUCCGCGUUACUCCGUUUGUUUGGACGCAAGAGGCUGAAGUUGCGUUCACAAUCAUUAAGCAUAAGCUAUCGACAGCUCCAGUUAUCAUGCUUCCCGAUUUUUCAUCCCCUUUUGAGCUCCAUUGUGAUGCUUCUAAACUUGGCAUUGGUGCGGUUCUUAGUCAGAAUGGUCGACCCAUUACUUUCUUUAGCGAGAAGUUAGCUGGUGCUCGAGGUCGUUAUAGUACUUAUGAUGUGGAGUUAUACGCUAUGGUUCAAGCAAUUAAGCAUUGGCGACAUUAUCUCUUUCAUCAAGAGUUUGUUCUCUUUACCGAUCAUGAUGCUUUAAAACAUAUGAGUUCUCAAGAUAAGGUUUCGUCGCGCCAUGCUUCUUGGUUCUCAUAUCUCCAACAGUUUACGUUUGUGAUUAAGCACAAAGCCAGGUCUUUCAACAAGGUUGCGGAUGCUCUUAGUCGCCGACAUGCUCUCCUCUCAACCUUACAUGUUUCAGUUCCGGGUUUUGAAACUCUCCCUGAGUUGUAUUCACUUGAUUCGUUUUUCCGUAAGCUUUGGAUCGAUGCUAAUGAAGGCGUUCUUUCGGACUACUUUGUGUUAGAUGGUUUUCUUUUUCGGGGCAACCAGCUUUGCAUACCUGAUUGUAGCUUGCGACUUCAGUUGAUAUGUGAAUUACACAAUGAAGGUCACGUGGGUCGUGAUCGUACUCUCAAGCUCUUGGCCGCCUCCUACUUUUGGCCGUCUUUACGACGUGAUGUGGAGCAUUAUGUUGCUCGCUGUGGUGUUUGCCAAAAAUAUAAGGGACAUGCCAAAAAUGCUGGUUUGUAUUUACCUCUACCUAUUCCUACUCAACCAUGGACUGACAUUAGCAUGGAUUUUGUCAUCGGCUUGCCUCGCACACAACAAGGUCAUGACUCUAUAUUUGUGGUAGUGGAUCGUUUUUCGAAGAUGGCUCAUUUCAUUCCAUGUAAGAAGACGACGGAUGCAUUACAAGUAGCGGGUCUUUUGUAUCGAGAGGUUUAUCGUUUACAUGGUUUGCCCAUGUCCAUCGUGAGCGAUCGAGAUUCGAGAUUUUUGGGUCAUUUUUGGCGAUCAUUGUGGCGUUUAUUAAAGACCUCUUUGGAUAUGAGUUCCGCUUAUCAUCCUCAAACGGAUGGACAAACGGAGGUGACUAACCGUGCGUUAGGUGAUUUACUUUGUUGCUUGGUUGGUGAUAACAUCCGUACAUGGGACAAGGUGAUUUGUCAAGCUGAAUUUGCUCACAAUCAUGCCGUGAAUCGCAAUACAGGUAUGAGUCCUUUCCAUGUCAUUUAUGACGUGACUCCUCGUGCUCCUGUGGAUUUGUCUUUGCCACAAGACCGAACUCGCUUUCACACUCGUGCUUGUGAUACGGUUGAAGAGAUAUCGAGUUUGCAUCAUCAAGUGAAAGAGAAUUUGGAGAAAUCUAUGGAGAAGUAUAAGGCUGCUGUUGAUGUUCAUCGUCGAGAGGUCCAAUUCAAUGUUGGUAAUCUUGUGUGGGCUGUUUUGACUAAGGAUCGUUUCCCGCAGGGACAGUAUAACAAGCUCAAAUCUCGCAAAGUUGGACCACUUGAAAUCUUGGAGAAGAUCAAUAAUAAUGCUUAUCGACUACAUCUUCCUCUUACGGCAGUUGUUUUUAAUGUUAAGCAUUUGGUUCCUUACCUUCCAGCCGAUGACACUACAAAUUCGGGGUCGAAUUUUUCGUCACAUGGGGCGACCUGA